AUGGAGCUCGACCAUGUGGAGACCAGAUCCAAAUCCCUUUUGCCGAACGAGCAGACAGGCUCUCCACAGGCUCAGGCUCCGGCUCCGCAGGCCGCUGCUAGCCCCGAAAAGGAGGCUCCGCAAGAACCCAAUGGUGACGACGGCGGCGCUGUCCCACCUUCGCCCACCCCGCCGGAGUCACAGCGGCCAGCCUCACGACCACCAAGGGUCACUUCGGUCAAGAUCGCCGCCGGGGGUUCCAUCGACCGAAUCGAGUUCAGCUACUCCGAUGGCUCGAAAUGGUCGCUGGGAGGACCUGGCGGCCACAAGGGCAUCCCGCCGCUCAUCCUGGCCGAAGACGAAUACCUCGAGGAGGUACGGCAUGAAGGUCUUCCUCAGUGGUGGUAUGUGGGCUGCUCUGUGGAGUUCCGCACCAACAAGGGCAAGAUCUUUCGGCAUGUGGCGGGCUGGGGAAGUGGAGAGGAUGAGGACAUGAUUUCCCUGAAGGCGGCGCCCGGCAAGUGCAUCCACCGGCUGCGGCUGCAAGACGGGCAGUUGCGAGGCAUUGUGGAGGCGGAGUGCCAUGUGCCUGAGGGAACAGAGCUGGAGAUGUUCAUGACCUAUUGGGUUCAGCCCCAGGAGGAGCGCGCGUCCAAAGAGGUGCGCUGCCCCAAGGGCCAUGUGAUGCGCCAGGACCGGGACGGCCCACAUCUGCGACGAGUGCUCGCGGCGGGGCACCGCCGCGCGGUGUGGCGGCGGCUGUGA